AUGUACAUCUGCAUGCCGGGCAUCGUAUUCGACUCACCCCGCGCGCAGAUAGUCAAAACGCAUGUUCUCCGAGGUUCUGCUCCAACAUGCUCAUUCCGCACGCCCAUCAAGCCGUCUGAGUCUGCGGUCAUCCCACUGGCUCUCCAAGGCCCGAAAAACGCGAAAUCGACGUCAAUUGCGCCGAGGUCCGCGCCGGUAGCUCUCGCUGACCGUCGCGACGAUACCCAGAGACAGACGGGAGGAGGGUUGGGGUCGGCGCGAGGCGGCGCGGAGCGCCGCUGCGUUGCGGGCGCCUUCGGUGGCGGGAAAAAUCGCAAAUUGACGUCAAAUGAGCCGAGGUCCGCGCGGGAGGUACUAGAUGGUAGCCGCGAGUGCCGUGAGGGGGCAGGGGGCGGCGCGAAGCGCCGCCGUGCGUUCACAUCUUCCGUUGACGCCUUCAAGUACUCCUCGCGCUACCUCUCCGCGCUUCGAUCGCACCCCCACCGCGCUAGACGCCCCGGCGACAUGAGCAAAGUCCUUUUCAAUAUAUCCCUCACAGUCAACGAUCCAAAAUCCUCAAUAACGACCUCGCACAUGCUCGGAAGCAACAGAAUUUCGUCCGGCGAGCAGGGAUUAUGUCUUGCUUCUCUCGCCCCCGCCCUCCUCGUGCUUUCCUUGCGCUUUGUGGCCCCCUCAAGCGAUGAGUAUUUGUAUCGCCGUCCGCCGAGCGAGGGUCUCACUCCUUCGCACCCGCGCGGUGUUCUCGAUUUCGCGACGCUCCCCGAGCUCCCCGUGCCUCCCGCCACCCCCUCCUUUCGCGUUUCCACCGACUUCAACACGCUCGGAGCCGACGUUCACUACAAUGAAAUCGCGUUUGACGUCACAGAGCUCGAAUGA